AUGGAAGGCUUGGACUUUCUGGAAAAUGAAACAUCUCCUCAAGUGUUUCACUUAUUGCCACUUUCUACCAGCAAAGCAGACAAGCCUUUUUUAUUUGCUUUGUUCCUUUUAAUAUAUCUAACAGGUAUGCUUGUGAAUUCCUUUAUAAUCCUCAUAAUAUGUUUUGAUAAUCAUCUCCAUACCCCGAUGUAUCUUUUUCUCUGUAAUUUGUCUCUUGUAGACCUCUGUUACAUAACAUCAACUAGCCCGAAACUUCUGAAUAUGAUAUUGACCGAGAAUUACUCCAUCUCGUUCAAACAAUGCUUCAUCCAGUUGGGUUUUUAUUGGGCGGCUGGCAGUAUAGAAGAUCUUCUGUUAUUCAUAAUGGCAUACGACCGUUAUGUUGCCAUUUGUCAACCCUUACAUUACCACCAGGUCUUCAACCGCAACCACUGCAUACAGAUCACCGCAGCUAUAUGGCUUUUAGGGUGUUCAAACUCAAUAAUGACCACACUUUCAGCAUCUAAAAUACAUUUUUGUCCUUCCAGUAUAAUUCCCCAAUACUUAUGUGAUGCCAAAUCUAUCAUGAAGAUCUUAUGUGCAAAUACAGAGCUGUUUUUUAUGGAAAUAUAUUUUGAAAUAUUGCUGUUUGCACUUUGUCCAUUUACAUGUAUUAUGUUGUCAUACAUCAGAAUAGUUUGUGUUAUCCUAAAUAUCAAAUCAAACGAAGGAAGAAGAAAAGCCUUUUCUACUUGCUCAUCGCACCUUACCGUGCUGAUUCUCUUUUAUGGCACAAGUGUAGGUGUGUACAUCAUGCCACGUUCACUUCACUACAAAGUGAUGGAACAGGUGCUCACGGUUCUGUACACAGCAGUCACGCCCGUUAUGAAUCCCUUGAUAUACUGCUUACAAAACAAAGAUGUUAAGACGGCGGUCCUAAGAUUUGUUGUGGGCAUAAGGGGUUAA